AUGUUUAAUGGAAACUGGAAAUACCUGAUGGUUUCCCCAGUGUCAGCUGGAGAUUUCCCAAUGCAGAAUUAUGGCACUGUUGCAUCUCAUCUUUGUUUGGACGCAUUGAGCUGGAAAGAACACUUCUCUUUCUAUUUCGCUUCUUUUUUGCACAUGACACGGGCAUAUCUUCAACUAAGACGCCAACGCAUGUUUGUGGUCUUUUUGCUUCUCGUAUUGUUUGCCGGUCUGAAAAAUCCAGGUAGUUUUGCAACAUUCACGAUGAAAGAGGACUCAAGUUUCCAUCGUCUUUUUGUAUCAUUCCAUGCCUCAUUAACUGGUUUCCUGCAAGCCUGCCGCCCUCUCAUUUUCCUUGACAGAACUCCUUUGAACUCAAAGUAUCAAGGAGAAUUAUUAGCUGCAAUUUCUAUCGAUGGAAAUGAUGGCGUUUUUCCUGUAGCCUUUGCUGUUGUAGAUGCCGAAACUGAAGACAACUGGCAUUGGUUUCUGCAGGAGCUGAAAUCAGCUUUAUCAACAUCUGAGCAGAUUACAUUUGUUUCAGAUUUUCAGAAUGGGCUAAAAAAGUCAUUGUCUGAAAUAUUUGAAAACUGCUACCAUGGCUAUUGUUUACGUCACCUUGCUGACAAACUGAACAGAGACUUGAAGGGGCAAUUCUCUCAUGAAGCCAGACGUUUCAUGGUUAAUGAUUUUUAUGCCGCUGCAUACGCAUCCAAACCAGAAGUUUUCGAACGUAGUAUUGAGAAUAUAAAAGGUAUUUCUCCUGAAGCCUACAACUGGGUCAUACAAAGUGAGCCAGAGCACUGGUCCAAUGCAUUCUUCAGUGGAACUAGGUAUAAUCAUAUGACAUCAAAUUUCGGACAGCAAUUUUACAGUUGGGUCUCAGAGGCGCACGAGUUGCCAAUUACUCAAAUGAUUGAUGUAUUACGAGGUAAUAUGAUGGAAACAUUUAGCAUGCGACCCGAGGAGUCUAAUCAAUGGAUAACAAAAUUGACACCUUCCAAGGAGGAAAUGAUCCAAAAGGAAGCGUCAAAUGCUCGCUCACUACAAGUGUUGCUCUCACAAGGUACCACAUUUGAGGUCCGUGGAGAAUCUGUUGAAAUGGUCGAUAUUGAUAAUUGGGAUUGUAGCUACAGGAGAUGGAAACUUAAUGGCUUUCCUUGCUGCCAUGCUAUUGCUGUCUUUGACUGUGUUGGUAGGGACCUAUAUGAUUAUUGUUCCAGAUACUUCACAGUUGAGAAUUACAUAUUAACAUAUGCAGAACCAAUUCACGCGCUUCCGGAUAUUGACAGACCAGUCCAGGUUGAACCGGAUAUGGCAGUUACCAUAGUAACCCCUCCACCAACUAAGCGGCCUCCUGGCAGGCCAAAAACAAAGCAGGUUGAAUCGAUAGACAUAAUUAAACGUCAGCUUCAAUGUGGCAAAUGCAAAGGGCUUGGCCACAAUCGGAAGACGUGCAAACUUCCCUAGUUUUGCGGCAUAGGAAUUUUGAAUAAAGCAAGAUGCAAAUGUUUUCACAUGAUGGAGAAUGGCAAUGGAGAGUGGCCUAGGAUUAGAACGGGCACAUAUGGGAAUAUUCACCGAGUUGGGAGUUCUGUAUGCUAGAUACCGUCCGGAGAAACUUAUGGAGCAUAUCAAACUAUUUGCAACCCGACUCAAUAUUCCUAAACUCAUCAAAGCUUGUGAUGAACAACAACAUUGGGAGAAACCGACCUAUUUAUAUAUCCAAUGGAAACUUCACGCUUCUCAACAGAAUUCAGGCUUUUGGUAUCUCACAUCAAACUCGUGCUUGCACAAGAGCACUACCAAGAUUCUUGUUGCCCUUGCCCGCAGAGACAAGCCUUCAUGAUCCCAAGUAACCAAGAGUUCUUGUAUCAAUACAGACGAAAGUUAGUUUCUUGAAGGGUCUCUCCCAGGCAUUUCAACAAGAUCAUGGUCACAGAUUAUUUGUAGAAAGGUAAGUUCGCACUCAUGGAGAACUGAUUGACAUACACCAGAGAACUUAUCUAGAUAUAAUGAUACCAACUCAAAAACUUGUCGUGGCUCAAUAAUUGAUAGAAGAUCAUAACAAAAAAGGCCAAACUUCUCAAGCUUCUGGUAAGUCAAUUGGAACCUCUCACAGAGCAGCAGUUGAUAGGUAUUACCAACUUGCAACAAUCUUCCUAACAAGCAGAAGACGCGUUGUCUCGAAGCACAGUCGCACUUACGAAGGCCAGAGUUACUGCUGCUGUCGGUGUUUCCGUCAAUACCGGUGGUUGGUGUUAUUGCCUUGCAGCUCCUGAUGCUAUUCUGUUUACCAUUGCUACAUGUUCAAGUGAGUUACAGUGGUGAAAGUUUUUCUUACCAACAGUAGAGUUUUCAAAAUGAAGAGAAUUGAGAAGGGGACCACAAGUUGGAUAUGGACAAAAUUCAAAACCUCUCCACUGCACAGCAGACCUCCACUACUCUGAGGAAACACAACAACACAACAGAGAGGAGAUGAGUCAUAUAUAAGAGAGGCCACUGUUCAUUUUGGAAGAGAGCUGAAAAACCCUAAUUUUGAAGAGGAUUGGCGGCUACUAUUCAGAAAAGAAAAGGAGAGAAUUGAAGGCAACGUUUACUCACAUUCGUCGGUCGAGCUCGCCGCAACCGGUUAGCUUCCUUUCCGAGCUUUAUUUCCAUGUUCCGAUUAUGCUUUGAACUUCAUGUUUGAUUUAGCAACACCGCUGCCUGUUUGAUUGUGAUGUUAACUUGUUGUUAAGACUUUGAUUUUCAAAAUGGAAAGAAAACUGAGCUUGGUCAUU